AUGAUUAAGGUGAAGAUUAAGCUCCAGCAGCUCCAGGUUUUGCUGCUCCAUGCCCAUGGAGGGACCAUGGCUGUGGCUCUCAAUGGUUUGGCCCCCUCAGAGAGGUGCCAAUCCCUGAUGGAGAAGAACCCAUCCCUGCAGGAGGAGAACCAGAAGCUGAGCCAGGGGCUGAGUGAUGAUCAUCCUGGUAACUGAUUUAUGGCUUCUUAUCUUCUACAAUUCCGAUUUCUCUAGACAGAGUAAGAAAAUGAGAAGAUGAAUGCAAAACUAGAGCAGCUCCAGCACCAUGCUGUGUGCAAGUUGGAUCUGCAGAAGCUGGUGGACACUGUGGAAGAUGAGGGGUUCAAGGAAAAUGUGGAGGUGAUCAGGAACCUGCAGCAGGUGCUGGCUGAGCUGCAGAGUGAAAGCGUUGCAGUCACAGAAGCUGCUGCAGAGCUGCCAAACUCUGAACAGGAUUCUCCAGGUGUGAGGGGCUCAGCAUGGGAAUCCAAGAGAGCCUCUGUUUUCAGCACCCAACACGCCCUGUCCCUGUGCCAGGCACAGCUCUCCAAGGAGCUGCUGGAGCUCCACAAAGCUCUGACUCUGAAAGAGGCUAUGGCCAAAAAGUCUCAAAAUUACAUUCAGCUUGGGCCCAUCCAGUCCCAGCACCAGGUAAAUGUCUUUCCAAGGGAUCUGGAAUUGGAGGUCAGCAACUUGCAGGAGGAAAAGGAGGAGCUGGUUCUUGCUCUGCAAAUAGCAAAGAAGGACAUCAACCAGGCCAAACUGAGCGAGCAGCGCUGGAAAAGGCUCCAGGAGCUGGAAGCACAAAUUACUGAGCUCAAGAAGAAGCUGAAUGAGCAAUCCAGGCUCUUGAAGCUGAAGGAAUCCACACAGCACAUGGUAUCCAAACUGAACCAGGAGAUCAGGGAGAUGAAGAAGCAAAGGGUGCAGCUGAUGCAUCAGAUGAAAGAGGACACUGAGAAAUUCAGGCAGUGGAAGCAGCAGAAGGACGAGGAGGUGAUCCAGCUGAAGGAAAAGGACUGUAAGAGACAAUAUGAGCUCCUCAAGCUGGAGAGAGGUUUAGAACAGGCCAACGUCCUCCGGCACAAAACAGAGGAGGCAGCAGCUGCCAACGAACACUUCAAUAAUGCCCUGCAGAAGCAGAAGGAGGUGGCAGAUAAAGAAAAAAAGAGCCAAAAUCAGGGCACAAAAGGAAUUGCUGCACAAGUCGAAAGCCGGCUUGCAAACGAAGUUGAGGUUCUUGUCAGCACUGAGGAAGCUCGAAGACACCUGGCAGACCUGCUGGAGGACAGGAAAAUCCUGGCAAACCAGCUGGAAGAGAAGAAAGAUGCUGGAGAAAACCCCCGUCCAAACCUGCGGAGGCGCACAGACUGCCCGGCUGAGCUACAGGCUCUGGACGUGGAUCUCUCUGUCUAACAGAUUGAGAGCCUGCAAACAGAGAUGGAGCUCAGGAGUGCCCAGAUAGCAGAUCUGCAGCACAAGCCCCUGGAUGCAGACAAUGGAGAUUGGGCCAAACAGUGCUGGGACAGCAUCGCCACCACCCAGGAGGCCCAAUGUGCCCUGAAGUAUCUCCUGAGAGAGGGCCUGCAGGACCUCACAGAGCAGGAGGUGCUCCUGAAGAUUCCCAGCACUGCUGCCUCCCUGAGGAAUGAGUCGUCCCAGGAGAACCAGAACCCCUUUGGGAGGACGAGGAAGGGGAUGCUGAGCAGAAACAUCAGCUUCUUUUCAGGCUGCACCCCCACCAAGGAGUAG